AUGAAACGCGAUCGCGGCGUGUCGUGGCGAAGCGGAGUGGUAGAGGCGCGCGGAGUGAACCUUGCUUGCAGUGGGGGCGGGCCGAGUGCUCUCGGCUCUCUCAUUGGCCAUAGAAAAUACCGCCCACCACCGAUACUAAAGUCCCUCCCGUUUUGCUUCGCUAGCCACCUCGCCUCCUUCGUUUCGCUCAGUCGCGCCCGCUGCGUCGCGUGA